GACCUAUAAGUGGUUCUGGGACUAACGUGCUUUAGACUCCAGUGAAGUGUUGGGUAGAAAGUGAACAGUGGCAUACGAGUCGAGGACGCUUCUCAGCAUCAAGAUGGCGUUCGCAGCAGCCCGGAUGAUCCUGAAGGACAAGAGGAGGAAGGCUUCCAAAGAGGACUUCAGGGAUACACGGAACAGAAGCAAGGCUCGGAGCGCUAGCACCAGUAGCUUUAGGAGCGUAAGCCAGGCGCGGAACAAGCCAGCAGACGGUGGUGGUCAUGUCAACCAGAAGAAUGCAGCUGGCCAGAAGUCGCAGCCGGCGUGUCAGAAAGGCACCAAAGGCGGCCCUAAGACUCCGGUCAAGCCAUCAGCGCAGAAGGGGCAAGCGAAGACAGCGCCACCCAAACAGGCGGCGGCGGCGGCGGCCGUCAAAACUCCCCAGGGCAAGAAGAAGAAGGGGCAUAAACAUCAGCAGUAUGAACUCAUCGUUACUAUCAAUUUGUCAGAAUAUGGACUUACAGAGGAGCAAGUUGCAGAAUUCAAGGAGGCCUUUAUGCUGUUCGACAAAGACGAGGAUGGGACGAUCACCAUGGCCGAGCUGGGGGUGGUGAUGCGCUCCCUGGGACAGAGACCUUCAGAGACUGAACUUCGAGAUAUGGUGAAGGAGGUGGACCAGGACGGCAACGGGACUAUCGAGUUCAACGAGUUCCUCCAAAUGAUGUCCAAGAAGAUGCGCGGGUCUGAUGGAGAAGACGAGCUUAGAGAGGCAUUCAGGGUAUUCGACAAGAACAAUGACGGUCUGAUCUCCUCGGUGGAGCUGCGGCACGUGAUGACCAACCUGGGCGAGCGGCUGAGCGAGGAGGAGGUGGACGACAUGAUCCGCGAGGCCGACCUCGACGGCGACGGCAUGGUCAACUACGACGAGUUCGUAACAAUACUGACGUCGAAAAACUAGUAUGCAGAGAAAAGGCCCAAGAGAGCCCCUCCCGCGCCCCGCCCUCCCCUCCAGGAGGACCUGUACAAGUUCGGAGGGAAAGAAACUCUUAUCUAGUUGAAGUGUUAAUGCUCUACCGCAACGGUAACGGUUAACGUUAUUUAUAACGCUUGGUGGCAGUGUAUACGUACAUGUGAUUUUUGAUGUGUUUUGUUUUCGUUAAACUCGUCGCCAACUUCUUAAGUUCGGCGCGUUCUUUUGUUUUUAGCCAUGCAUGUCAAUCAGAACCAGAAGUACUGUCAAAUUGAAACCUUUAUCUAAUACCUAAUCUUUCAUUUUUUACUAGAUACUUGAUAGUUCUAUCAACAAAACUUUGCAAGAUAAAUUCUUGCAAAGCAAUAAAAACUCAACGAAACAAAGAAUAAACGUACACCGAUUGAAAAUUAAAUGUAUUCUAAAGAUUAUUAGAAAAAGGUAUCAAUUUGUAUGACUGUCCUAAUGACCUUUAUGUACAGUAUGCAUUAAAAGCAACAAAGUCAAAAAAAUUAAAACAAACAUACGUAACUUAAUUCCAAAAAAUCUACCACCCAAAAUUCCAAUCAACUAUUUAAAUUGGAAUUGUAUACACCUCUGCUUAACACGCACUACAAACACAAGAAAAUGUAUUAAUGCUUUUGCAUUUUAUAAUGGCACUUUUUUGGCAAAAAUGUUAUCACGAACUUUUUACUAACACAUUUUUAUACUUUGCUACGUGUGCAAAAACAGUGCAUUGACCUCACAGAAUGUCUUGGGCUCUAGCUGAGUACAGCUAAAAUUAGAAAUAAUGAACUAAAUAAUAUUUAAGAGUAACUUUAAAUAAAUGAACCACAUUUAAAGAGAGAACAACGGAUGUUCAAGUAUUUAUACAGCCCGGUUUUUUUAUACAUACAUGGAGUAUGUAAUUUCUAAAUGUCAACAAGAAACUGCUGAAUAGUUACAAAAUGUAAUGUGGUGUAAAUAAAACCGGGCUUUAGAUAGCAUUUUUUAUAUUUUAUGCCACGGAAAGCAGGGUUGACUGCCAUCCAUCCUUGUAUAAAUACUUGAAUUAUACAUUCAGGCCGUUUUUUUCUAAAUUAUAGGUGUAUUGAUUUAUUUUUUCUUACGUUAAUAUCGGCAACGAAUAUUAUCAUACUUAGUUGAACAUUAAUAAUUUCAAGUGUGUAUAAAUAUUCAAAUAUUUAUACAAGAAAAUUUUCUUUUGCCUAUUAUUUUUACUAGAAAAUACGGUAAAUAACUGUUAAAUUACAUACUUAAAUGUAUGUCGUAUAGAAUUUUUUAUAUAAUUAUUCAAAAGAACUUAUACCUCCGAGAUUGUAAUAGAAUUGAAAAUAGAUUUAGUUUUCGGUGAAAUUGAAUUGUAGACGUAAAAAAUCGAUGUCAUUGUAGUUAUACAUUUUAAAUACAUAUUAUGAAAACAAGAUCCAAUGCAUAAAAUUAUGUAAUGACCGUAUUUUUAACUCUGUCGAAAUUUGACACUGUCAAAUGGGUCAUAACAGUUAAAUGUUUAACAAUAUUGGGUUUUAGAUAACCGUGUACCAUUAGAAGUAAUCGCAAAUAGAUAAGUAACUUACAACAGAUAAAUAAAAUAGCUGUUAAAAAAUUUGGUUGUGUCUACAUUCUUUGUAACAAUUAACAUAACAUACUAUAUCCAGUAAAUGUAACAUUAUAACUAGAGACCCGUACGUAUACACGUUGUUUGAAUAUGUGUAGUUCUAGAUAAUUGUGUGUAUUCGAAAUGUUCAAUGGAGGUUUUCGUUAGUCUUCCAUUUUGCGAAGGUUGACUGAAAAAUGUUGAGCCAAAGAUACCAGGAGUUCAUUAAAGUUACGAGGAAUCGAAAAAUUAUAUUUAUAGAAAUGAAAAUGCUAGUCGUGAAAUUAAUGUUAAGGUAUCAUUAUUUUAUUGGUUCAAAUUCUAUGGAGUUUUAAAAUUUAUAUAGGCACAAGAAAAGGGUACUUUUUAUUGUAACGAAAAUAGUGAAAUUUCUACAUUUUGCUAUGCUAAAGACUUAAGAAGUUUUAAUGGAAAUUAAGGUUUUUAAUUGUAGAGUUUUUAUUCGUCACCCAAAUAUUUCCAUUGAUAUAAAUUGUAUAAUUUCGUGUUGAAAUAUGUAGGGAAAUCCAAGCGAAAGAUUUGUAUAAGCCACUCUAGGUAGAGGCAUAACAUUAUGAAUUUAAUGUAAAAUUGUUCGAAGUGUAGGGAAUGUUAGAUGUAAAAAUCUGAAUUUUUGAAUGUGAAAAUGGCAAGAAAAAAUUAAGAACUUCAAUUAUUCUGUGAACUUGUGUUAAUUUUUUUUAUAAUAUUAUCUGGUUGCCUUUUAGUUCGGUACUAAUAACAAAAUUAUUAGAUAGAGUUAAUAAACAAUACUUCAUGCUAUUGAUUUCAACUGACAGGAUUUUUUCCAACAUUAAGAAAAAAUCAAACACUUAUAGGUACUUACAUUUUAUUAUUAUAUUUGCUGUAUAAAUGCUAAGAUCAUUUGAAGUUGUGGGCUUCCUUAUGAUAAAUCAUUUAUCAUUGUGAUGCAAAAUUAUAUUCUUAAAUAUCAUCAAUAGAUUCGUUUUGAUUUUUAACACUCAGUUCAAUAGAUCGACAAUAAAAUAAUUAUAUUUGUAUAUUUCAAAUGAAUUUUAAAUAUAUUAGAGGAAUUAGUUUACUAUUAUUGUGAAAUUAUAACAUCACAUAUCACAAGCAAUAAAAAUAUAUUAUUUACUUGUUAUUCAAGAUGAUAUUUACAAAACAAAUCAUGCUCUAUAACAAACUAAAUUAUUAUUAAAACACAGGAUAUAUUUUAAUUACAUGUUAUUGAAGAGAAAUACAUUUAUGACUUAUUUAUAAUCAAAUUAUACUUAAUUAUAUUUCAGUCGUUAAAAAUAUUUAAAAGUAUGAACUUUUUUAAAUGAACGUGAAUCCAUUUUUACGAGACCAAAAUUCAUUAUAAAUUAGACGGAAAGUUAAAGUAAUGUUACAUAUUUUAGCCUAUGUAAAUUGCAUAAAUACUAUAUUCAAAGUACCUACUUUCAAUUGCCAAUUAAAUGAAUAAGGCAUUAUCAUCUUAACCAACAUGGUAGUAACCUUAGAUUGUACCUACUUUUAGUUAUAAUUUUCUUUUUUUUUAUGUUAUAGAAUAAAAACUAAUUGUAAAAAUUGUACAUUGAGACAGACGUCCCUCAUGCUACUUAGAAUUAACAAUUCGGUAAUUUUUAAAUUGUGCGAAAAUUAUAAACUAUUAAAGUUUAAAUUUAUGUUGCAAAAAAUAUAAUAAUUGCAAUUUUACAAAAAAAAAGUCAUGUAAGAGUUUAUUUUUUAGUUUUCUUCCAUUCUGAUAUAAUAAGAUCUAUAAGUUUUUCUAAUGAUAAAAAAUGUUAUUGAGCAAUUUAAAAUUGGACAUAAAAAGUUUCCAUUAAAGAACUAUCCUUUGAAGGAUUUUCGACGUGAGAAAACACUAGAACAAAUCAAGGAGCUGGUUUUUACUGCCUGCCAAUCAUUAACUAUCGGGAUGAUUGCAUUUGGUAGUUUUAAAUAUAAAUAACUUGUGGGUCAAAAAAUAAUAAGUACGGUCUCAAAAUAAUACUUAAAAUUUGAAUUAUAAUAUUAUUCAAUAAUAUAAAUACUUCUUUAUAGAACCAAGGUUAUAAAAUAUUAUUUUUCGUUUAUAAAAAAAUUAAAUAUUAUCUUUUUUUGGGGCUGACGUACGUUACUUGUACUAUGUAGUAUAUGUUAAUAAUAUAAUAAUGUGACUGUACUGAUAAUGUCACGGAUAUUGUUGCUUUGUAAGUGAUAGAGAGAGACAUACAAUAUUAACCGCUUAAUAUUAUUUUUAAAUAGAUCAAUGUUAACAAUUUUUGAUUUUGCUCUGUAUAGAGUUUUCGAUAUUUGUACUGUUGCAAGCACAGCAGACUAUUACAACUUUAUAUUUUACUGCAAAAUCACAUCUAUAACGACUACAUAAGAUAAAUUUGAGAAUUGAACGAUUGCACUUACAAACUUACUUCAUCAAUAAUAUAAAUUAUACUUAUAUGUAUAAAAGUAUGAAUAUUGAAAACUCGUAUACCCAUUUCACGUAUGAAAAACCUUAUAAUAAUAUUGGUACUGAUAUUCCUCGUGAAAUAGAGUCAUAAUGGAAUAUGUGUGUGUGAAAAAUGUUAUACAUAAAGUCAAGUUAAAUGUAUGUGUAUGCAAGGUAGAAAUUCGAUGUAACUAGAUGAAUAUACAAGCUUGGUAUGAAACAAAGAAAUUUUAAUAAAAUUGAUAUGUGAAUA